AUGACAUCCACAUGCUGUGUUUUGAUGAAAGUGAGAAGUUUUAGAAGCAUUCCACGUCAAUCUCUUUGCAGACAUCUUAGCACAAGAGUUUUAACACAUGAAGACAACUCCAAUACCUCAGGCAAUGCCAGUAAGACAAACUCGGAUAUCAGAGCCAUGAGAAGUCAGAUGUUUUCAGAAGAAAAGAAAAGACAGUUGUCAUUAAUCCGAAGAGUGGAAAAGAUUAAUGUUGAAUACACUGGAAUACCUGAAAAUUGCACACUUUACAUGAACAAGGAAUUAUCAAGCCCAAAUAAUUGUGCUAUGCACAUGAAGUCUAACAUUAAAACCCUGGCAGCCUUAGCUUUGGUUAAUGGAGAAGUGUGGGACAUGAAUCGCCCAUUGGAGGCAGACUGUGCUUUGCAGUUCCUGAAAUUCAGAGACAGUGAUCCAAGGUUAUUAAACAAGGCAUUCUGGAGGACAGGAUCAUUUUUGAUUGGCUACGUAUUUGAUCGUGCAUUUAAAGAUGAACAUAGAGUUAAUGUAAUACGGUUUCCUAGCAACCCAGUUGUUGAAGAUGGCUAUUUUUGCUGUGACCUUGACCUAGGAUCUAUGAGUUCCUGGCAGCCACUACCUGAUGAGUUAAAAGCUGUGUCAAUGAUAGGGAGCUGUCUAGCCAAAGAGGAGUCAAACUUUGAGCGACUGGAGGUUGAUGAGAAGUUAGCUUUAGAAAUGUUUAAAGACAAUGAAUACAAGUGUAGGCAGAUACCGGAGAUUGCCAAGUCCUCCUCCUCAGGAUCCAGGGUCACUCUGUACAGACUAAAGGACUACGUAGACGUCACAACAGGGCCUCUUAUAGCCAGUACCUUCUUCAUUUCCAUGUACAACAUUGUCAAGGUGUUUCAUAUGAAGUGUCCAGUAAAUGGUGACAUUACUAGAGUACAGGGAAUAGCCAUGCCUCCAGAAUUACAGAUACAUUAUAAGGCUUAUGAAUUACUGUUAGAGAGGGCACAAAGAAUGGGAGUUGAAGAUCCAUACAGGGAAUCUUAGUAACAAUGUAGCCACAGAUUUUUCAAUAAAAAAUUAUGUAUGUUAA